UUUUACUUUUAGAAUAACUGUUAUAACUGGGUUUAAACUCACUCAUAUAAAUACAAUAUGGUUAUUGAAGUUUUUAAGAAUUUUUUACUCUUAGUUCGAUGAGCGAAGAAUUAUUUAGCUUGCUGUUCUGCUGUUUAAUUCUAUUCUACAAAACGGAAGCAGUAUCAUCACUAUCACAACCAAGAUCAAUAGAAUAUGCAGAAUGUGGAGCUGAUUUGGAUCUAAAGUGGGUUUAUGAUAAAACUAAAAUUAUUGAUUCGAUUACCUGGUUUUCAAUAGGAAAUACAGAGUUAAAAAUUGCAUCCUAUGUUCCAAACUUAGGAUUUUCAAUAAUAAAGAAUGCAAAGUAUUUACCAAUCCAAGAGUCACGUUUUAUGUACAUUUUUGGUGAAGGUUCAGCUGGGGUUAAAAUAAAAGGAGUAAAGUUAGCAGAUGAAUCUCAAAUAAAAGUUGUAAUAGACUUCAUUGAUCUGCAGUCCCUUCAAUAUGUAACAGCUAUCAAAGUAAUAGUUUCUCCGGUACCAACUGAAACACGUCUGCCUGCAUUUUCAUUUGCUGAGUUGGAGGCUAGCUCUGUUGAAUUUGUAUGCACAUUUAAGAGUCUUCCUGAACCAAAGAUAACGUGGUUUGGUAAUGGCAAACAGUUUGAGUUCAAUAAUAUUAAAUCAGUUAUGGCUAACAGUCCUAAGGGUUAUUCUUUAUGUAAUUCAUCUCAAAUUGAAAGUUCUUUGGUUCUUAUGAACAUUAAUUUAGGAGACUCACAAAAUAUUUCUUGUUCUACAUCCAUAUUGGCAUAUGAUAAAAUUACAAGUGUACAAAGCACUAUUUUUCAAGUUGGUUAUAAACCUGGAAAACUGCUUCCAUCUUCUUUAAAGUUUUCAGAUGCUAGUGUGUCUGGUGGUUCAUACUCUACUCUAACUUGUAAAGCAGAUGCCAUCCCUUUACCAACAUUUGAAGUUUAUAGAGACAGUUAUUUUUUAGUAUCAGGUAGUGCAGAUUAUACUGGAUCAUUUGUGUAUACUGUUGGACCAGUAAAAUUUUAUGAUGAUGGAAUAUAUACUUGUAAAAUAACAAACAAGUAUGGGACUGAAAAUCUUACUGUAGUUCUCAAUGUUACCGUUGUGCCACAAUUUUGGGGUGACAACUUAUCUGAUAUUACAAUCAGUUUGGGAGAUUCUCUAAACAUUCCAUGUCGCAUUUAUGGUGAUCCUUUGUUACAAAAUAGUAUGUGGAUGAAGCUUAAUGGACCAAAAACUGUUUUUGACCAAAAAAUUACAGAAGUUCUUUCAAAUAAAACUGUUUCAUUUCGAAUUAAUAAUUUAUAUAUAGAAAAAACUGUAAUAAAUGACAGUGGAGUUUAUCAAUGCAUUGGUUACAAUUUUUUGGGCAAUGUCACAGUAGCUGUUAAUGUUCAAUUGAUUUUUUCACCACAGCUUGCUGCAACAAACCUUGCUAAUGCUGUACUUAGUUCAGAUAAUUCUAUAUACACAUAUUACUGUAUUGUUAUUGGGUUUCCUAAACCAACUAUUAAAUGGUCGGUCAAAAAUAAGCUGCUAGCAACAACAAAUCAAACAUUAUUGGAAGAGUUUUUAUAUAAUUACUGGAAAAUUACUAGCACAAUUAAAAUAAGUUUAUCUUGGGAUUUUUUUGGAGAGCUUCAAUGUGAUUCCAUUAAUGGCUUUGAUCGAAACAUAAGUGUGAAGGCUGUGUUAAAAUUUCCUUACAAGCCUUUUGUUAAUCUCACCUCAAAUGUUUCUACAAUUAUUAUUGAUGGGUUACCAGCUGUAUCGGUAUCUAUGGAUACUUCUCUUCAGUUAACAUGCAUUGUGCAAGGAUAUGAUUUGAUGACAGUGAAAUGGUAUAGAGAUAACAUUACAAUAUCUAAUCAGGUGGAUUUUGGUCCAGUUAUAAAUUCAAGUGAUUUAGGUUAUAUCCAAAGCAGUAGUCUAUUGAUCAGACUAAGUCUUGAUGAAAACUUUAAGGUCUAUAAGUGUGUUUCAAAUACAUCUGCCGGUGAAACAGAAUCUAUAUUAAAAAUUUAUGUGUUAUAUGGAGGAAUCACAAAACCUUUGGGAGGAGUUAUAUGUUUCAAGUUUCAAACAGAUGCAUUUCUUGAUUGGCAGAUUUUUUAUUCACAACCUAUAAGCACAGUAAAAUGGGCAAUGUUGAAUGAAGAUGGCUCAGAGAAGUUUAUAAUAGGAAAAUUGACUAACCGUAAUGUUAUUAGUGCUUCAAUGAAAAGUUCCCAUUAUGAUUAUGACACUACAACUGUUUUGGGUUUAUAUAUCAAAAAUGUUUCAUUUGAUGAUGAGGGUUGGUACAGUGUUUCUAUAGAUUUCAUAAACAGUCCUUAUCUCAUGGAGGCCAAGGCUUAUUUAUGCGUCACCAUGCCCCCUUCUGUAACGGUUAACAAUGAAAUUCAGUAUGCAAACGUAUCUGAUAAAGUAGAACUAACAUGCCAAUCUUAUGGAGAUUCUUCAAUUCAAUUAUAUUGGUUGAUGCCUUCAUUUUCAACUAAUAGUUCGUUAGAAAAUAAGACAAUCUAUCAAAAUAUAUCAUUUGCUAUAAAAAUCACAUCUGUUAAAAUACAAUCUGUGGAAAUAAGACAUUCAGGAAUUUAUGGGUGUGUUGCAAAUAGUUCUUUUUAUUCAGUAACAAAGAAUAUCACCUUAAAUGUUAGAUCUGAUGUGUUGAUAAUUAAUUCAUCUUUGGACCAACCAAUGAAAAUCAUUCUGGCUAAUUCACGAGUUGUAAGAUACUGUACAGUGAUUGCUGCUCCAAAAGUUUUAAAGAUAGAAUGGUUUCUUAAUGGAGUACCAAUAUCCUCUCAAAAUCUUACUAAUGUUGUUUUAGAGGAUGGCUUUUAUCAUAAUAUCAUAGAAAGUUUGUUGACAUACAACUCUGUACAAAAAACAGAUGCUGGAAAUUUGUCAUGCAUUGCAACAAACGAGUUGAGUAAAAACUUUAUGUCAUCCAUUAUUAUAGUGCAAUAUUCUCCUGAAACAUUUUUAUCAGCUAACCUCACAAUUAAAGAAAGAGAAUCAGCUAACUUUAGUUGUUUGUCUGAGGGACAGCCUAUUCCUGUUUUAAAAUGGCUUCUUAACAAUAAAACCGUGUUUACAAAUAAUGAAAAGGUAAAUAUUGCAACAAACUCAAUAUCCAAUGUUUUUAGUGGAACAGUGAGUUCUAAUUUGUCUAUGGUCAAUGCUAGCAGAAAUGAUUCUGGUGAAAUCACUUGUGUUGCAGAUAAUCCAGUCAACUCUGUAGCAAAAAUUACAAAUCUAAAUGUUCAAUAUCCACCGGAUUGGAAAGCUGUUUAUAACCCAGUGUAUGUUGUUUUUAAGCGUUUAAUGGUAUUGGAUUGCUAUGUAAAUGCUAACCCCCCAGCUUCCUACAAUUGGUUUAUUAAUGGAACGCCUAUUGAUAAUAAUGCUUCAACCUAUGUUGUUGAUUCUGCCAACUUUAACAAUGAAGGCAACUACACAUGCUUACCUAGUAACUAUCUUGGGUCACCUGGAAUCAUAUUGUUCACAGUGUUUAUGCUAGUUCCCCCUGAAAAUAUUAAUGUGAAUUGUGAAUCUACAGACCCUGUCUACGGUGACAGAGUAGUGACAUGUAAUUGCACAGGUAAUGGUCGACCUGCUCCUGAGUUUUUCUGGACAAGAAAGAGUGAUCUAACUAACACCAUUCUUUCAAGUUCACAGGUUCUUAUAAUAAGUGUGCCAUAUACUGACUCUGAUGUUUUUGUAUGCCACAUGAAGAAUAUAGCUGGUACAUUAUCAUCAUUGCAGCCAAGUGCUGGUUAUUCAGUUUCAAAUAAAUCAUAUGGAUACCUUCUAUAUAUUCUAAUACCACUAUUCAUUAUUGGAGCAGUUAUUCUUACCUUUCUCAUUUGUAAAAAUAAAAGCAAAUCAAGCGAUAAUGCAAUCUUAGUUCCUGUCAAUAGAAAUUUUGUGCAUCCGCCUUCUUCAUUUAUUUCUGGACCUAAUAAAAAAAGUCCCAUAAUAAAUUCGGGUUACAUAGAACAGAAAGAGAUCGAAUCCGUUGAAAUAAGCAUAAACUUUGGUGACGAAAACAAUCUCGAAAAUAAUUUUAGCGCAUUAAAAACAGAAUCUAUUCAGAAGAAAAAUUUAAAGCAUAAGCCGCCCGUUGAUUUUGAUUUGCGAUGUCUCGAAAAUGUUGACUAUUAAAUACACAU